AAAAAAAAAAAAAAAGAAUCUUCUUUCUUAGUUCCUACCUUGUAAACUUCACCAAUUUUUCCCAAGAAUUCAAGAAAUUCCAAGCAAAUAUCCAUCGAUAACUCCAAUGUUUAUGUUACUCAGCACUAUCAGUCCUAGUUCUUGAUAUUCUGUUGCCAAAACUACAUUUCCAUCAAAAACCCAUUUCAUCCAUGGCAAUAGCAAGCGAUUCAAGCUCUACCCUUACAUUUCACAAUUCAAUCCCUUUAAAAAACCCAAAUGUUAAUUUAAGUAAACAGGUUUUCAGUCUUCCACUGUUUUCUCGUGGGGUUUCUUGGAAUUCAAGGCAACUGAAGGGCAAAUCUUUUGACAGUGGGCUUGUGCGUGCAAUAGCAGAAGUGAAUACAAAGAAAGAACAUAAAACUUCGGAUUUUUUACGGUUUGAUGUGGUUGCAGAGACAGAAUUGAGAGAAAGAGGGUUUUUGGGGAUGAGGAAAACGAAGCUGGUUUGUACAAUUGGGCCCGAAUGUUGUUCAUUGGAGGAAUUGGAGAGCUUGGCAAUUGGAGGGAUGAAUGUGGCUAGGCUUAACAUGUGUCAUGGCACUAGAGAGUGGCAUCUUAAUGUGAUUAGAAGGAUAAAGAAAUUGAAUAUGGAAAGAGGGUUUUCUGUUUCUGUGAUGAUUGAUACUGAAGGGAGUCAGAUUCAUGUGGUGGAUCACGGAGCUUCUUCCUCUCUUAAAGCAGAGGAAGGUUCAAUAUGGUUGUUUACUGCAGAAAAAUUUGAGGGUUCUCUUCCAUUCACAGCUCAAGCAAACUAUGAAGGGUUUUCUGAAGCUAUUAUAGUUGGAGAUGAACUAGUUAUCGAUGGUGGAAUGGCAAGCUUUGAAGUAAUUGAGAAGAUAGGGAAUGAUUUGCGAUGUAAAUGCACAGAUCCUGGUCUGUUCCUGCCUCGAGCCAAAUUUAGCUUUUGGAGAGAAGGGAAGCUUGUGGAGAGGAAUUAUGAAUUGCCUACUUUAUCAUCAAAGGAUUGGGCUGAUAUCAAGUUCGGAAUUUCUGAAGGUAUUGAUUUGAUUGCUAUGUCAUUUGUUAAUGAUGCUGAUUCUGUCAAGCAUCUAAAGGACUACCUCUCCACUAAUUCAGCCAAAUCAAUAAGAGUAUUAGCAAAGAUUGAGAGUUUGAAUUCUCUUCAGAAAUUGAAAGAAAUCAUAGAGGUGUCUGAUGGAAUUAUGGUGGCUCGUGGUGACCUUGGAGUGGAAAUCCCUCUUGAACAGAUUCCAAUAGUUCAACAGGAAAUAACUCAUAUUUGUAGACAAUUAAACAAGCCUGUGAUUGUAGCUUCUCAACUUCUCCAGUCAAUGAUUGAAUAUCCAACCCCAACACGCGCUGAGGUGGCAGAUGUUUCUGAAGCAGUCCGACAGUAUGCUGAUGCACUGAUGUUGUCUGGUGAGUCAGCUAUUGGAUCGUAUGGACAGAAGGCUCUUUCUGUCUUGUGGAUGGUUAGCAGUCGAAUGGAACUAUGGAGUCAUGAGGAAAACCGAGGAAGUAUUCUUCGUGAAUCUCAACUUGGAGACUCACUCCAUGAUCGCAUUGCAGAAGAAAUAUGCAAUUUUGCUGUUGAAAUGGCUAACAACCUUGGUGUGGAUGCAAUCUUUGUGUAUACAAAUCAUGGACAAAUGGCAUCACUUCUAUCCCGCAAUCGCCCAUAUCCUCCAAUAUUCGCAUUCACUGGUGACAGUAGUGCUUAUAUGGCUCUGAAUUUGCGGUGGGGAGUUACCCCCCUCCUUGUUGAUCUAUCAGAUGACAUGGAAGACAACAUCUCGAAAACUAUAGACUUUAUGAGAACAAAGAGGGUGAUAAAUGAGGGAGACACUAUUUUGGUUGUAUCGGAUUUCAUUCGAACACACGCAACAACAUUCCAAUCAAUCCAGGUAAAGAAAGUAGUUUAGCAGAAACUUCGAAUCUGCAAGAGGGUAUUAUGAAAGAAGCUGAUAUAUGUUGCUGAUGCUCUUAUUUGAUAUACCUAAUGUAUUAUAUUAUACAUGUAAAAUGGAAAAGAGAACAAGUUUGUGAAUGUUGUGCACUUCUGUUAUAGCAUACGAGAAGUGUUAAUACACUAAUAAUAUUUCUGUUUGAGAAAAUUUGCAGUAAGAAAUAACGAUGGUGCUGGUUCAACUCA